AUGUCUGCUCUGACGCCUCAAAGCGACAUGCCAACCCCCACCACAGACAAGAUCACUCAGGCUGCCAUGGAGACCAUCUAUCUUUGCAAAUUCCGAGUGUCCAUGGAUGGAGAAUGGCUCUGCUUGCGCGAGCUGGACGACAUCUCCCUGACACCCGACCCAGAGCCUACCCACGAAGACUCUUGGGAGGAUUUGACAGAUGUGGUGGAGCAAUUGCGUGCUGAUCCCGAAGAUCCUAAUUAUCUGAUGGCUAAUGAACGCAUGAACCUGAUGAACAUGGCCAAGCUGAGCAUCAAGGGCUUGAUUGAGUCAGCUCUCAACUUGGGCAGAACACUGGACUCAGACUAUGCCCCUCUGCAGCAGUUCUUUGUCGUGAUGGAGCACUGCCUUAAACAUGGCUUGAAAGCCAAAAAGACUUUUCUUGGGCAAAAUAAAUCAUUUUGGGGACCGCUGGAACUGGUAGAAAAACUCGUUCCUGAGGCUGCAGAGAUUACAGCAAGUGUGAAGGAUCUCCCAGGGCUGAAGACACCUGUGGGGAGAGGGAGAGCCUGGCUUCGCCUGGCUCUGAUGCAGAAGAAGCUUUCAGAGUACAUGAAAGCUUUGAUUAACAGAAAGGACCUUCUCAGUGAAUUCUAUGAGCCUAAUGCACUGAUGAUGGAAGAAGAAGGUGCCAUCAUUGCUGGCCUCCUAGUAGGUUUGAAUGUCAUUGAUGCGAACUUCUGCAUGAAAGGAGAAGACCUGGACUCCCAGGUUGGAGUUAUUGAUUUCUCAAUGUAUUUGAAAGAUGGGAACAGCACAAAAGGCAGUGAAGGAGAUGGUCAGAUAACUGCCAUUUUGGAUCAGAAGAACUAUGUAGAAGAACUCAACAGACAUUUAAGUGCCACAGUAAACAACCUGCAGGCCAAGGUGGAUGCCUUGGAGAAGUCCAACACUAAACUGACUGAGGAGCUUGCUGUUGCAAACAACAGGAUCAUUACACUGCAAGAAGAGAUGGAAAGGGUUAAAGAAGAAAGUUCUUACAUCCUAGAGUCCAAUCGUAAGUGCCCUGAGCAGGACAGAACUGCUGAUGGACAAGCACUGACAGAGGCACGGAAACAGCUGAAGGAGGAGACCCAGCUGCGGCUGGAUGUGGAGAAGGAGCUGGAGGUGCAGAUUGGGAUGCGGCAGGAGAUGGAGCUGGCCAUGAAGAUGCUGGAGAAAGAUGUUUGUGAGAAGCAGGAUGCACUGGUGGCACUCAGGCAGCAGCUGGAUGAUCUCAGGGCCCUUAAGCAUGAGCUGUCUUUCAAGCUGCAGAGUUCGGACAUGGGAGCGAAACAGAAGAGUGAAUUAAACAGCCGCUUGGAAGAGAAAACAAAUCAGAUGGCUGCCACCAUCAAACAGCUGGAGCAAAGUGAAAAGGAUUUGGUGAAACAGGCAAAAACCUUAAACAGUGCAGCAAACAAACUGAUCCAGAAGCACCAUUAG